UAACAGGGUACUAGCUUUUGAAAAUGGUUGGAAUCUCAUAAAAACGCAAUUCAUAGAAAAGAUUGAAAGAGAAAUCGUAAAUAAGGACCUCAACGAUGUGCUGAACGAAGAUGAUUUUGUUACCGACGUUGAUGAAAUCAGCUUAAUUAAAAUUAAAGGAAGCGAAUACAUGAAAUAUUAUACGAUGGUCUAUGAAAUAUGCAUACAGAAGGACUCGAAUUACUGCGAAUUAUUAUACAGCAACAUAACUAAACUAAUCUCACAAUUUAUAUUAAAUAAUUUACAAUUAAGAACCAAUGAAGGAGAGGAAGGUGUGGCUCAAGAAUCAGAUUCUGCAGACUUUGAAUCCUCAGAAGACUACGCUAAAAUCGCACUCCUCAUCAUCGAAUACUGGAUAAGAUAUAACAAUUUCAUAAAAAUACUCAAUGGGAUAUUUUCAUACCUAAACCGCUUCUACGUGCAAUUAUCAUUACAGCCAAACAUUUAUCAAUACUCCCUGGCAAUAUUUCAGCUUUACAUAUUCCAGAGAUAUAAAGGAUGUGUGAGGAGAUAUCUGUUAAAUUUAUUGGAUAGAAGAAGAGUAGGUGAUGAGAUAAAUAACUUACACGUUACCCUAAUAAUUGACAUGUAUAAAAAAUUGGACUCUACAAACGGAUUACAGUUUCUAGAAGAUUUGGAACCAUACAUAAUUAAUAAUUAUAGUAAUUAUUAUAAUGCCGUGUCAAAGGUGUAUAUCAACGACUUCGCAUUGUCAGAUUUCAUCACAAUAAUUGAUUCAAUUUUGAAGGAUGAAGUUAAGUAUUAUAACACCCACAUCAGUAAUAAUAACAAAGUCCACGAUGUUAUCAUAAAUAACUUACUCUAUAAUAAUCAGUCGAGAAUUAAAGAGAAGUUACAGAAUGAGUUACGCGAAUUGUUGGAGCAAUAUAGAAUUGAGGACUUGAAGUUGAUUUAUAAAUAUGUGUCAAAACUAGAAAAUGUAAAUGAAAUCAUUACUAACACAUUGACUCAAUUUGUUGAACACCUUGUUAAGACGAGUAUGGCAAAUUCUGGCACAAUCUCAGACCCCUCUAGGGUUGGGCACGAUGUUAUAUUUGUAUAUAACAAGUAUUUAAAAUUGAUAAAAAGCUGUUUUGAAAUGUUCUUAAACUCAUAUAAUAGCAUCUUCACCAAAUACAACAACUCAGAACUCUUAACACACAUUGUAACACAGCUUCACAGGAUUUUAAUGGAUAAUUUUGACACUGAAUUGGCAUUUGAUGUUGAAGAUCCAAUGGAUUUGGACGCCUCCAGUGAAUUUUUGGAUAUAAACUGUUAUAUAAAGUAUUAUAAUAAUGUGAUUGUGACUGACGAGUCUUUCCUAAGGUCCUACAAGGCGUAUUUACUGAAAAGAAUGUUAAAUGAUAGAAUAAACAUCACUAAUGAAGUAAAUGUGCUUAGAAACCCGGUAAUAAACACAAUAUUAGGCGAUUUCAAGAGAUCAAAAUCGAUGAAUACGAGUUACCAGAGUGCCACUAGUGUGGCUGGGAAUAUAUAUGUUCUCUCAAGUUUUAACCUAUCAGAUGUUCUGGAUAAUAGUAAACCCCAAUCAUAUUUGGGAGAUUCACAAUCCGUUGAAAAUUCACCAAGUGAAAACUUAAGAAGAUCGGGAACACCUCGUGUAUUUGGAACAAUAGAAGUAAGUGAAGGAGUGCAAUUAAACCCAAUAUUCUCCCAUGAACUUGAGAGUUAUCGAACUUAUUACAAGGAAAAUAAUAAGUUUAAAGAUUUGAGAUAUGUAUACACAAAUGUUAUUCUGGAAUACGGAACCACUACAAUAGAGUGUAAUAUAAUACAGGCCACUCUUUUACUGUUAUUUAAUGACACUGAUGAGUUGAAAAUGGAAGAAGUCUGUGAGCAAUUGAAUAUACGAGAAAAACAAGUUGAAAAGCUUGUAAACUCAUGUAAGCCCAUUUUAACACUAACGAUGAAUACCAUAAUGUUGAGUGAUAAUUUGAGUGAAAAUAUUAAUAUUAACCCGUGUGAUCCUGUCAAAGUGUUGAGUGAGAUCGAGUCUGGAGCAUUAGCUAAGUUAAAUGAUGAACUUGGAGCUAAUAUGAGAUUACAAGAUGAAAGUACAAUUGAUUGUAAAAUAGUAAAAACAAUGAAGGAUAGGAAAACGUUAAAUUUGAAAGAAUUGAUCGAAUUAGUAUCACAGCAAUCAAUAGAUCCGGAGGUGGUUCGGUUACGUAUAAAUUAUUUGGUGAGUAAAGAAUAUAUAAAUGUGCAAGAGGAAGUAGUAACGUACAUACCAUAAAUUAUAACAUUAA